CUUUUCACCCCUGUGCGCAGGGUAAUUGUGCAAACAAUCGCGACCUGUUUAAAGUUCAAUUCCAACAUACAACGAUUUUAUGUUCUUACAACGAUCCAUCGCUAUCAUGUGACAAUCACAUUUUCUGCAAAUUUACACGCAGACAGGUGGUCCAUACGUGUUUAGCUCCAUGGUCUUCUACCACAAAUCAUUUUCAAUUAUGAAACUUUCCAAGACCAAUACGGUGGCUUUGAUUUCCUGCGUAUGCUUAAUUGGCAUGUGCUACGCAGCAGUGCCCAAGUGUACUAAAAUUGAUGACUGCUCGUGCCGGAUACCCGACGGUAAGGAGAUCAACAUCAGAUCGUUGGGUUAUAAUGGGAACCGAGCCCCAAGGUUUGGGUUUGAACAAGCUGGCGCAUGGAAGUAUGCAUACAACCCUUGCUAUGCUUGGACAGCUUCAAGCAAGUGCCAAGGCGUUGUCGCUUGCCAACAGGGCAUCGAUUCUCUUUCGGAAUUCCCUAUUGGCGAUCCCUCAGCAACGUGGAAAGAUGAUGGCAUCAAUUACAAUAUUGAGUAUUCUAGCGUGGGAGAUGAUAAAAAAACGAGGACAUCAGUUGUGAAACUGGUGUGUGACGAAAAUGCCGAGGAACCUGUGUUACAAAGACAUGGAUCUAGACAACAAAGUCCUGUGACGUAUGAUUUCACCUUAACAUCGAAGUGUGCCUGUCUAGGGAUUUGUCAAUCCGAACCAACAAACCUGCCAGGUCUCCAAGAUGGCCUCAGUCCAGGAUCUGUCCUUUGUAUCAUUGUGUCAGUGUUGAUUGUGGUCUACCUGGUUGCGGGAGUUCUCUUCAUGAAAUUUGCGCGCCAUGCUGAGGGGACAGACCUAAUACCCAAUAGAGAUAUCUGGAUUGUUUUGUUUUGCUCCAUCAGGGACGGCUGUAUAUUUAUCUUCACCUGUGGAAAGAAAUCUGGAUAUGAUGGAAUGAAAUGAUGUGAAAUGCUGCAGGAUCCCCAAAAGCGCAUACAUGUAAAACUGGAAGUUUCAGCAUAUUUUAGUUUACAAUUGCG